AUGGACGCGAAUCCUGUUGUGUUCGACAUCAGCUCAGACGACGAGCCGGCAAUUGAAGACCCCAAAGAGUUCAACGAUGAUUGCAAUUGGUUGACGGAGCUUUUAAGGACUGUCGAGAAGGAAAAGGACGAUUCUGAUGAGGUUGUGGUUGUCGCCGAGUAUAAUCCGCCUAAGCCCAAGUCUAAGUCAAAGUCAUCGAAUCAGGUGGCGGAUAUUAAAUUUGUUCCCGAUGAUUAUGAUGAUGAUUGUGUUUUGUUGGAUGGUGAUCCUGAUAAGUCGGUUGCUGCUGACGUCAGCGAGUCUGAGACGGGUAGUGACGACGGUGAUGAUGUUCUUGUUGUUGGAGAAAAAGGCCAGGGGAUUGAUAGGAAGCUACAUCCGUUUGUUUGGGUUCCCCCCAUUCCACGAUCAUUUUUAACAUGUGGGAGGUUUGUUGACAGGUUUGCAAAGCAACCCUUGUGCCACUGCUACGUUUGUGACUCACUUGCACCAUGUGGGCACUGGGGUACAGGUGUAUCUACUAUUGACCAUUGUCAUGCCACUGAUAAGACAGAGAUGUGGAAAACUCAGCGGGAAAUUUAUAGAAUAGGGAAAGAUGCUCCAAUACCAGUUUCAAGGAAACCUGAUACUCCUGUUCCGAUGGCUUUGCCUCGACUUAACCAAGUAGGGCCUCUAGAUAUUGUACAGUUGAUAGCCAAUCCAAUACCACAGAAUCAAUCCUUGACACACAAUCCAAAACCACAGAGUCAGGUUUCCAGGAUGCCUGUGAUCCGUCCUUGCUCUUCCUACACCAUGCCGGGCAUCCCAAAUAUCAUCAGACAGAGUAGAAGCCGUCAAUCAGGAUAUGUUCAGGGCAGAAAUAGACUCCUACAUCGCACAGUUUCACAACAAGCACUUGGUAUACGUAAUGAUGUUCACCGGGAUAAACGUCCUAGUACUUUAGGUCAGCGAUUUGUCUCUUCUAAUACCAUGUUUGAAAGUCCGGGACUUGUUGGGAAUGCUUUGGCUGUAAACCAGCCCACACGUGGAUCAUUGAACAUGAACUGUGCUCCUGCUUUGGGAUAUGGAAGGAAUGUUGCUCCACUGCCUACAUCAAAGGAAAAUCCAUCCAGUUUGCAUUAUGUUUUACCCAAUGCAAAUUUUGAAUCACAUACAUAUCAGAGCUCCUCCCAGCCCAACAUGUGCAGUGUUGUUGUAAAUACAGUGCCUUCGAGACCCAAUGCAUGCAGUCAACCUAUGCGGCAGUCAAAUGAUGACCAGAGUCUUUUUCAGCUGGGGAAUCAAGGUCAAAACGUUGCAGAUUUAAGUUUCCCUGAUUUUGACUUUUGUCGAGUUAACAACUCAAGUCAAAGUGAUCAGGAAGCUUCUGUUGAAAGUAUUUUUCAUGGCACGGUGUCCAAUAAUGAGCCAUCAACUGUUAAGCAGUUAAGUUCUCAGUUCGCUGCAAUUGAAAGUGCUCAAUUCCACUACAAGGAUGAUGAGUUUGAUGAUAGCUUUUUUUUAAACCAAGCUGUUCCAGUGGUUUUAGAAGGUUUUAUGCCUCAUGAUCUGAAUGGCUUUUCUCCCGAACCUCCUGCAAUUGACUCGGCACCAAAGAAUAUUGCUCAAGCGUCAGCAUCCAGAAACAAGAGAGAGAGCAAGUAUAAUGAAUCAGGUAAGUUAAGUGCUGGAUGGUGCAUCUCUUCUCCUUAUUUGCUCUGUGUGGUGGAUCGUGUUGACGGAGCGGAUUCCAUGUUAGCCAGUGCUCCAUCUCAGUCCAGGCAUCUCUAUUUAAUCCCAAGCUUGGAGGGAGAAACUGUUGAUCCUGAUGGGGUAUUGAUUAUCUCUGCUAGAGUUGAGCGUUCUGGUUAUCAAUUGUUUUAUGGUUGGUUCCAUAUUUUGCCGGCGUGA